GCACUUUGCCAACACAGGACAAACCUUCCCAGAGGCAGUCAGAGAGCACAAACUGCAGCCCUUCCAGAAAGAGAUCAACAUCUGAGAGCACAUCUUCUACAGUGAUGGGAGUCCCCAGCCGGGGAGCGAGGCUGGCGCCUGCUGUUGACGAUGCAGUGGACGGCUUGCUGCAGCGCAUGGCGCAGCACGAGGGCCAGGCUGCUUUGGACAAAACCUUAGAAGCGGUGAUUGCAAACGUGUCUGUUCCGCCCUCGGCUAGUCCUGCUCGAAACCACAGCAGGGAGAGAGCUCUGGGGAAGCAGGACAGCGUCAUCGCUCCAGCGAUUCCCAGCAGCUCCUGCAGCGACAGCAUCUCGCUGCUGUCGGACAGGCUGCCAAGCAGCUACUCCCCGCACCAUCUCAAGAGAAGCGUGGUUGAAGCCAUGCAGCGACAAGCGAGGAAAAUGUGCAAUUAUAACAAGAUCUUGGCAACAAAAAAAAAUCUUGACCACGUCAAUAAAAUUCUGAAAGCCAAAAAGCUGCAAAGGCAGUCACGGACAGGGAAUAAUUUUGUGAAGCGCCGGCCAGGUCGGCCGCGGAAGUACCCGAUGCAGGCUGUUGUUUCAAUGCAGGCUUUCCAGGCAGCUCGGCUGGUCAGUCAGGAGUUAGAGAAAAGAGAAGAAAGCAGCAGUCCCUUACACCUCGGACCCGAUACCAUCACAGAUGUGAUUGAAGCCGUAGUGCAAAGCGUGAACUCGAACACAGAUCACCGAAAGGGCUGGAAGAGGAAGCGGUGGCUUGCAGAGGAACAGGCCAGGAAGCGACAAAAGUCUUUACCAGAAGACGAACAGGAGAGCAAUAAGAGUUUUUCUGAGACAGCAGCUGAACCUCCCAGUCCACAGGAUGCCCCUGGGAAGCCACAUGAAUCUGAAAACACUGAACAGCCUUUGCCUUCUCUGGCCCAGCGUGAGAAAAAAGCACCUCGACCUCCAAAGAAGAAGUACCAGAAGGCGGGGCUCUACUCUGAUGUGUACAAAACAACAGAUCCGAAGAGCCGCCUCAUACAGUUAAAGAAGGAGAAGCUCGAGUACACUCCUGGAGAGCAUGAGCAUGGAUUGUUUCCAGCCCCUAUUCACGUUGGAAAGUAUCUGAGACAAAAGAGAAUUGACUUCCAGCUGCCUUACGACAUCCUCUGGCAGUGGAAACACAACCAGUUGUAUAAAAAGCCAGAUGUCCCACUUUAUAAAAAAAUCCGUUCUAAUGUCUAUGUGGAUGUCAAACCUCUUUCUGGCUAUGAGGCCACCACCUGCAAUUGUAAGAAACCAGAGGAUGACAACGGAAAGGGCUGCGUGGAGGACUGUCUUAACAGGAUGAUCUUUGCGGAGUGUUCACCAAACACCUGCCCUUGCGGUGAACAGUGUUGUAACCAGCGGAUACAGAGGCAUGAAUGGGUGCAGUGCCUGGAAAGGUUCCGGGCCGAGGAGAAAGGAUGGGGUAUUCGUACCAAAGAACCCCUGAAAGCAGGACAGUUUAUCAUUGAAUAUCUGGGAGAAGUUGUUAGUGAGCAGGAAUUCAGGAACCGGAUGAUUGAACAGUACCAUAAUCACAGUGAUCAUUACUGCCUGAAUUUAGACAGUGGAAUGGUGAUAGAUAGUUAUCGUAUGGGCAAUGAGGCUCGUUUUAUCAACCACAGCUGUAAUCCUAACUGUGAGAUGCAGAAAUGGUCUGUUAAUGGUGUUUACCGGAUUGGAUUGUAUGCCCUUAAAGACAUGCCUGCUGGCACCGAAUUGACCUACGACUACAAUUUUCAUUCAUUUAAUGUUGAAAAACAGCAACUCUGCAAAUGUGGUUUCGACAAAUGCAGAGGAAUAAUUGGGGGUAAAAGUCAGCGAAUGAAUGGACUUUCAAGCAAAAGCAAUCAGCCUGUGAGCACCCACAGAAGGCCUGGGCGGUCGAAAGAGAAAAGGAAGUCAAAGCACAAGCUAAAGAAGAGAAGGGGCCACAUCCCAGAGGAACCCAGCGAAAGUGUGAACGCACCGACCAGGCUGACGCCGCAGCUGCAGAUGAAGCCCAUGUCGAACAGAGAAAGGAAUUUUGUGCUAAAACACCAUGUAUUUUUGGUACGAAACUGGGAGAAGAUUCGGCAAAAGCAGGAGGAAGUGAAGCACGUCAGUGACACCAUGCACAGCACAUCGCUGUACACCCGCUGGAACGGCAUCUGUCGGGAUGACGGCAACAUCAAAUCUGAUGUCUUCAUGACCCAGUUUUCAGCCCUUCAGACCGCCCCCCGCCUCGCACAAAUCUUCAAGGAAAUAUGUGACAGCAUCAUAUCCUACAAAGAUUCCUCCAGGCAGGCUCUGGCUGCUCCCCUCCUGAACCUGCCCCCAAAGAAAAAAAACGCGGACUAUUACGAAAAGAUCUCUGACCCGUUGGACCUUGCCACAAUUGAGAAACAGAUCUUGACGGGCUAUUACAAAACCGUGGAGGCUUUUGACGGGGACAUGCUGAAGGUCUUCCGGAAUGCAGAGAAAUAUUAUGGCAGAAAAUCUCCAACUGGACGUGAUGUAUGCCGGCUACGGAAAGCGUAUUACAACGCUCGCCAUGAGGCGUCUGCCCAAAUUGAUGAAAUUGUGGGAGAAACCGCGAGCGAAGCUGACAGCAGUGAGACAUCGGUCUGUGAGAAAGAAAAUGGGCAUGAGAAGGACGAAGAUGUGAUCCGAUGCAUUUGUGGCCUUUACAAAGAUGAAGGACUCAUGAUCCAGUGUGAAAAGUGCAUGGUCUGGCAGCACUGUGACUGCAUGGGUGUGAAUUCCGAUGUGGAACACUACUUGUGUGAGCAGUGCGAACCUCGAUCUGUCAACAGGGAGGUUCCUAUGAUUCCUCGUCCCCAUUAUGCCCAGCCUGGCUGUGUUUAUUACAUCUGCUUGUUACGGGAUGAUCUGCUGCUGCGCCAAGGUGAUUGUGUUUACCUGAUGAGAGACAGCCGCAGAACGCCCGAUGGACACCCUGUCCGGCAGUCGUACCGGCUGCUGUCCCACAUCAACAGGGAGAAACUCGAUAUUUUCCGCAUUGAAAAACUCUGGAAAAACGAGAAAGAGGAGCGGUUUGCAUUUGGUCAUCAUUAUUUCCGUCCACACGAAACACAUCAUUCCCCUUCUCGGAAGUUUUAUCACAACGAGCUCUUCCGGGUGCCACUGUAUGAAAUCAUCCCCUUGGAGGCUGUGGUGGGAACCUGCUGUGUUCUUGACUUGUACACCUACUGCAAAGGAAGGCCAAAAGGCGUGAAGGAGCAGGAUGUAUAUAUUUGUGAUUACCGCCUUGAUAAAUCGGCUCAUCUCUUCUACAAGAUCCACCGGAACCGUUAUCCUGUAUGCACCAAGCCUUAUGCCUUUGACCACUUCCCCAAGAAACUCACACCCAAGAGAGACUUCUCACCUCAUUAUGUACCAGACAACUACAAGAGAAAUGGAGGCAGGUCGUCCUGGAAAACAGAUCGUUCAAAACCACAGAUCAAAGACUUAAACCAGGAAGAAGAUUCUCUUCCACGUAUUGAGGACGUAUUAGGAAACCAAGAUCAAACUCCGAGUGAGGUGCCCAGCCUGGAGGAGCCGGAAAAAGAGGCAGUCUCCAGUGAGACCUGCGAAACGGAUAAAAAGGUGGAAGAAAGCAGUUCCGACACGAGGCAGCUGUGCACUCCCGAGGAAAGGCGGCACAUUCAGAGAGAGAGACUUAAUCAAAUCCUGCUAAACCUCUUAGAGAAAAUCCCAGGGAAAAACGCUAUCGAUGUCACUUACUUGCUGGAGGAAGGAUCGGGAAGAAAACUGAGGCGGCGCACGCUCACCAUCUCGGAGAGCAGCUUCAGGAAGUGA